GAAGGGUGGGAUUUAUUUCACGUAACCACCAUUUACUUUUCACCGUUCGCACCAAACGGAGCAACAUCAUCUUCUCGUUUACAUCAAAUUUCGUAUAUGUACAAUCGCGUGUUUAUUUUUUAUUUAAUUAAUUUGCGCGUGGUUCUUUAGCGCGCUUUUGUACGGAUAGACUUUUUUGAAUCAUUUUGUCAAAGUGAUGGAUAAAAGUGAAAAUUUAACUUCGCCUUUCAAAAGUGUUUACAGUAUUGACCAGAUACUUGGAACCGGGACGAAUAAAUCUCAUAGAGACGACGGGGAAGGUUCGGAAGAUGGCGAUAAUAAAAUAUCGGAGAACAUGGAGAAAAAAUGUGCAUCCGAACAAGACCAAGAUGAAAGCACAGUUCCGCGAAAAAUACGUCGAAGCAGGACGACCUUCACCACCUACCAAUUACAUCAGUUAGAAAGAGCUUUUGAAAAAACUCAGUAUCCAGAUGUAUUUACUCGAGAAGAAUUAGCAUUAAGAUUAGACUUGAGUGAAGCACGAGUACAGGUUUGGUUUCAAAAUCGACGAGCUAAAUGGAGAAAGCGAGAAAAAACAUUCGGCAAAGACUGUUCCCCUUACGUUACAGAUCCAAUAUCAAGGUGUCCUACAGACGUACUACAUUCACGUUUGGGUCUUCCACUUCUACACGCCGAUCCUUUUUGGUCACCUCGUAAUGUACAUCCUGCUAUGCUAUUUGGUUUAAAUUACCCAUGGCAAAAUAACAUCUCAACCAAUGCUUCAGCGAAAACAGCUUCAUUUUUAUCGCAAUAUUUAAUUAAUAGUAAUGCUGUUCGAUGGGAGCCAUUGCCUUUAGUAAGUUCAUCGUCACCAAAUUCAUCACCGUCGUCGACACCAGAAUCGACGAUUAUUGAAUAAGAUGUCUGUAAACAAUCAACUCCAUACACCAUGAUUUUUCGUUAUUAAAUUAGAGACUAUACGAAUCUAUAGGAUAGCAGCUGUACCUUCAAUGUAUCUAGUCCGGUUAAGGCUUUGUUAAUAAUUUUACGUUUAAUGUUUAUAAAUAAAAGGAUUUAUUUUGCAAAAUACAUCGAGGAGUAUU